GUUCCCAUAGAAUCUGAUAAGAUUUUGAAGGGACACCCCACACCUUUCAGUGCACAGCACCCUGCACUAGCAGCCGAAUACGCGCCAAGCCUUGUUCCCUCUUAUAUAUAUACCACACCCCUCAACUCAAACUUCCCCCAAACCACAGUUCGCGCAAAGUCCCAAGGCUUUUUUUCACGUCCAAAAGCCAUGUUCCCUCACUCCUCUCCCUCGUCGGCGUCCGCCUCCUACGGCGACGCCCUCAUGCACCACGCGGCGAGCUUCUCCGCCGCCUUGACCGUUACCGUCCCGGUCCAGAUCCUCCGCGGCACCGGCGGCGGGUACCUCGACGGCAAUGUUGGCGCGUUCUCGUCGCCACCGUCGGUCUACUCCUCGUCGCUCCCUUCGUCGUACUACAACAGCAUCCAGAGGAGCAUCAGCUCGCACUCCCUCCCGCUGCACCUCCAGCUCGCUGACUCCAUCGGCGGCGGCGGCGGAAGCAAUGGCUUCUUCUCGCUGUCCUCCCAGUCCCAGCACCAGCUGCCCCUGCCGCUGCUCUCAUCCUCCCCUUCCUCCUCCUCCGGCGACCUCUUCGAGUUCACCUCGUCGUGCCCCGUCCGCCGCGUCUUCAGCACUGGCGAUCUCCAGGGGAUGAACGGGUCGUCGCCACCGCGACCAGUGCCGUCGGGCGACGGCUGCAGCCAAGAGGGAGGCGGGCUGUUCACGCAGAAGGUCGGGCGGUACAGCGCCGAGGAGAGGAAGGAACGGAUCGAGAGAUACCGCGUCAAACGCCAGCAGAGGAACUUCAACAAGAAGAUCACUUACGCGUGCAGGAAGACGCUGGCCGACAGCCGGCCGAGGGUGAAGGGCCGGUUCGUGAGGAACGGCGAGGCGGAGGCCGAGGCCGACGAGCGCGAGGCGUCCGACAACAGCUACGAGUACUGCUUCGGCAACAACGACCUCGCAAACGGCAACAACAACAGCAACAGCAGCUGCUGCUACGACGGCCACUACAAGCUGGACGGCGCUGGCAGCAACGGCGCAGCCUCAGCAUUCAACGGUGGCAGCGACAAUGGCGAGUGGUGGUGGCGGGUGCCGGGGGCCGCCACCGCUGCCGACGAGGCGCAGCGGCAGGUCGGCUUCGACGACGACGAGGAGCUGUGGGCCACCCUCGGCGACAUGCUGUCCGUCAGUCCGUGAACCUGGCCUCGUAGGCCGCCUAGCCAGUCACUAGCCAGCCAGCCAGGGUAAUGGAACGAACGCGGCGUUGGUGGCCGGUGGGGUCCGGUGCUCGCGCGAGCACUCAGACUCAGGGGUGGCGGCCGCAUGCCUGCCUGCCUGUGCGGUGAAGGGGUCGGGUCAGCUGGGUGGCGUCGUUGACCUUCCCUUGUGUAUGAUUGAUUGUCUUGUAACUUUUAGCCAGAAACAUCAUGAAGCAGUAAAAAAAAAAAGUACAAAACGA